AUGUUCGGCCUCUCAUACUGGCUUCUGCCACUCAUCGCAGCCGCUUGCUGGCUGGGAACACUGCUCGGCAUGUUGGGCACCUGGAUUGCUAGAGGCUCACCACGCUACGUCAGCAUGGAGCCAGGUCAAACGAUCGCAUACAUCUCGGACAUUGGCGCAACAAACCUCCAGCCUCUCUUCAUAGCCGGAUCCGCUGUCUCUGUCGUCGUGUUCGACGUCUGCUUCGUCUCUGAACGCUGGCUGCGCCACAAGGGACGUCUUGCCCACAACACGUCCAUCACACAGAAGAUCUUGUCAGGCUUCGCUUGUGCCUUUGCUAUCAUUGGUGCAGUCGGUUUGAUCCUCUUGACCAUCCUGGAUACUGUAGACCACCCCAGAGCUCAUGACAUCUGUCUCGGUGUCUUCAUUAUUGGCUACAUCAUCUCGGCAAUCUUCGCUUGCGCUGAGUACCAGCGUCUGGGUAUUCACUUCCGCCAACACCGCAUCCUGCGCGCCUCCUUCUGGAUCAAGUUGACCUUCAUCUUUAUUGAGAUUGCCCUCGCAAUUGCCUUCGUUGCGCUCGGCCGUAAUGCUUCCAAGCGUAACACCGCCGCCAUCCUGGAAUGGGUCAUCUCACUCAUCUACAUUAUCUACCAAGCACACUACUCCAUGGACUUCUUCCCUGCCAUCCACAGCAAGGAU